AAGUGGCGCAGCAGUAGGGAGGGGCUCUUCACCCGCUCCCGCAGCUGAAGCUAGGCUCCCGGUUGCCCCUGCAGCGACGCCCCCUGGUCCCACCGAUACCACUGCUGCUCCUGCCCCUUGGCUCUUCGACCUCGCAAUGGGCACUCGCGACGACGAGUACGACUACCUCUUCAAAGUUGUCCUUAUUGGAGAUUCUGGUGUUGGGAAAAGUAAUCUCCUAUCUCGAUUUACUCGAAAUGAGUUUAAUCUGGAAAGCAAAAGCACCAUUGGAGUAGAAUUUGCAACCAGAAGCAUCCAGGUUGAUGGGAAAACAAUAAAGGCACAGAUAUGGGACACAGCGGGGCAAGAGCGAUACCGAGCUAUCACGUCAGCAUAUUAUCGUGGAGCUGUUGGUGCCUUAUUGGUUUAUGACAUUGCUAAACAUCUCACAUACGAAAAUGUAGAGCGAUGGCUGAAAGAACUAAGAGAUCAUGCUGAUAGUAACAUUGUUAUCAUGCUUGUAGGCAAUAAGAGUGAUUUACGUCAUCUCAGGGCAGUUCCUACAGAUGAAGCAAGAGCUUUUGCAGAAAAGAAUGGUUUGUCAUUCAUUGAGACGUCUGCUCUAGAUUCUACAAAUGUAGAAGCUGCUUUUCAGACAAUUCUAACAGAGAUAUACCGCAUUGUUUCUCAGAAGCAAAUGUCAGACAGACGUGAAAAUGACAUGUCUCCAAGCAACAAUGUGGUUCCUAUUCAUGUUCCACCAACCACUGAAAACAAGCCAAAGGUGCAAUGCUGUCAAAACAUCUAAGACUUCUCCCCUAGAAGGCUGUGUAUAGUCCAUUUCCCAGGUCUGAGAUUUAAAUAUAUUUGUAAUUCUUGUGGUCA